AUGCCAUCCUUGGAGGAUAGCAGAAGGCAGGUUGAGAAGAACUUGGCCAGUCUAUCACAAGGGCCGGAUCACAACGAUAUACUGGCUCGGCUGCAGGACGAGAUAGACAAGCACAACGCGGUAAAAGACGGGCUGCGCGAUACCAUCGAUCGAGAAGGCCAUGAUGGAGAGGGGAUGUGCUCGAAGCAUAGUACACGUUCCGCCAAGUUCAGGUUCAAGGAUGGAAAAGAAGUGGACAGAAAGCGUGGUCAUCGUUCACACCGGCGUGAUGAGGAGCGCAAACAUAAGCGUCGUAGGGAAGAGUACCCAACCCCACCAUCAGCGGACACUGAAGCAGCCCACCCCUUCCCACGUGAACCCACUACUCUAGAUGAGCCCGGAGCACCGAAUGACGAUGCAGCAUUUCGUCACUCUCUGUUCGAUGCUUUGGCAGACGACGAAGGUGCAGCGUACUGGGAGGGUGUAUACGAGCAGCCCAUCCACAUAUAUGAUAGGCCUACUGUGUCCACCCCACAAGGUGAGCUGGAGCAGAUGUCAGAUGCGGAAUACGCUGCACAUGUGAAAACGAGAAUGUGGGAGCGCAAGCAUCCCGAGGUUGUGAUCGAGAGGGAGCGAAGUGAGCGGAAGCGAAAAGAGGCCGAGGAAGAACGGGCACGAGAGCGAGAGGCAUUUAUCAGGAGGAAGGAGCAGGCUGCCUGGGAGAGAGCGGAGGGGAGGAAUGCUAGGAAGUUUGCGGACGAUAAGGGUGAUUACGAGAAAACACACUGGAGACGGGCUGAGUACGAAUUCGCCGGUGAAGCCAACACCUACGCGGAUGCGGACCACGACCAACAGGCUCGCAAAGAGGAAUAUAUUGCGGCAUGGGCGCGGUACCUCACAGCGUGGGAUAGACUCAAACUCGAGCUGCUCGACGAGCGGACCAAUCCACCUACGACUACGCUGACAGCUUCGAAGCGCAUACCGUGGCCUGUUCUGAAGUCGAAGCCUGUCAUACGAGGCAAUAUUGAGGACUUCUUGCGGCACGGUACUCGUUCUGGCGAGGGGAAUGCACUCAGCCUCUUGAAGGCCGAGAGAGUUCGCUGGCAUCCGGACAAGGUGCAGCAGCGCUUUGCUGGCAUCGUGGAGGAGGGCACGAUGAAGCUCGUGACAGGCGUGUUCCAAGUUGUGGAUGCACUUUUUGAGGAGGAGAGGAAGAAAGCCCGAUGCAAAUAA